AAAUUCUGAAGGAUAACCGAUUCGGAGUCAUCCCCAUCAGCUGCCGGACGGGCUCGGCGGCCACCCGCUCCGGCUCCCGGGGCCUGCCCGCCCGCCCGCCCGGCCCCGACCAUGCCGCCCCGAGCCGAGCAACCACGGGGCCGCUGAAGAGAGCGCGGCAGCCAUGAGCGAGGGCUCCCCCCCGGCUGGCCGGCGGGAGCGCCUCUCCUCCCGGCUGGUCCUGGGGAAGCACCUCUGGGAGGUCGCCUUAGACCGGGAACGGAGCGUCUUGUCCUGGAGGGACCCGGAGCCCUGCCCGCGAGGAGCCGCCAGCAGAGAGAGUUGUACUGUGCCCAUAUCCGAAAUCAUUGCUGUCAAGGAAACAGAAAUUGAUAUGAAACAAUCUAAAACAGCGAAAUGGCAAAAAAUGACAAAACCAUAUGCAUUCACAGUGUACCAUGUGAAGAGGGCACAAAAUCACCGCUGGCAGUGCAAUGACAUGACAUUCUGGUGCAUUGAUGAACAUCUUUGUAAUCAGUGGAUCCAAGCACUAAAAGAAUUACUUGAUUUACAGAUCUCUAGACCAAAGCACUUGCUUGUAUAUGUUAAUCCAUUUGGUGGGAAAAAACAAGGAGAAAGGAUUUAUGAAGAAAAAGUAGCUCCCCUCUUUAGUCUGGCUUCCAUCACCACUGAUGUCAUAGUUACUGAACAUGCCAAUCAUGCUAAGGAAGAUUUAUUUGAAGUCAAUCUAUAUAAAUAUGAUGGUGUUGUUUGUGUUGGUGGGGAUGGGAUGUUCAGUGAAGUGAUGCAUGGUGUGAUUGGAAGAACGCAGAAGGAUUGUGGCAUCGAUCAAAAUAAUCCCAAAGCAUCAUUAGCUCAAUGCAAUAUCAGGAUUGGCAUAAUCCCUGCUGGUUCAACAGACUGCAUAUGCUAUGCAACAGUUGGCAUCAAUGAUCCAGUGACAUCAGCAUUACAUAUCAUCAUUGGAGACACACAACCUUUGGAUGUCUCUUCAGUACAUCGCAAUAAUGCAUUUCUGAAAUACUGUGUAUCACUAUUGGGCUAUGGUUUUUAUGGAGAUAUUUUAAAAGACUGUGAAGCAAAGCGCUGGAUGGGUCCUGCCAGAUAUGACUACUCAGGUUUCAAGACCUUUCUAUCUCAUCAUUACUAUGAAGGAACAAUUUCCCUUCUACCAGCAACACACACUGUGGGGUCUCCAAGAGAUAAGAAAUACUGCAGAACAGGGUGCCGUAUUUGCAAGCAAAGUAAACAACGGCUGGAGAAAGAGCAGCGAAACUAUGAAAGGGGGAUUAAAGGGAAAGAAGAAGGAGAAUGGAAGGUUAUUAGAGGAAAGUUUCUAGCCAUCAAUGCUGCAAACAUCAGUUGCGCUUGUCCACGGAGCCCGAAAGGACUUUCACCAUCUGCUCACUUGGCAGAUGGCUCUGCAGACCUCAUUCUAGUCCGCAAAUGCUCUCGGUUAAAUUUUCUAAGGUACCUCGUAAGGCAUACUAACCAGGAUGACCAGUUUGAUUUUGCCUUUGUGGAAGUUUAUCGAGUCAAAAAAUUUCAGUUCACAUCAAAGCAUUUUGAAGAUGGGGACAAUGAUGUCAAUGAUAUGCAGAAAAAUCACUUUGGCCAGUUCUGCAGAGACCAUCCUGCUUGUUGUUGCGUCCUUCCUAACAGCACUUGGAACUGUGAUGGAGAAACUAUAGAUAGCUCAACAAUUGAAUUCAAGGUUCACUGUCAAUUAAUGAAACUCUUUGCAAGAGGAAUAGAAAAAUCCAAACAUGAAGCAGCUCACAAGCAUGAGAAGUAAUUAACUGAAGUCAACUCUCCCUGAAAACUGAACAACAGAUUACAGCUGGCUAGACAAAUAAGUAUUUCGGGCACGCUAAUAAAUGUUUUCAAAUGGAAUCAUGCUAAUAUUACUUUUUGUGUGAAUGUCUUGAAAGAGUUUAGAUUUUAUGCAAAUCAGACCAUUAUUUUUACAGAAAUGUAAUGUGUGCUACAAAGAAUGGGAAUUGGAUCGCAUUUCUUUCCUUCAAGCUAAUUUUAUAGCUGUCUUGCAGUGACAACUCAGCAUGCAGUUCUAGGAAAACCCAGCUAGAUUUGUAACUUCUCAAAGUAUGCCUUUUACUUUAUUGUUGUUGUUGUUUGUUGUUGUUGUUUUUUUGUAAGAGACUCGUCUUCUGUAUUUCCAUGCUGGCUCUGGAGAAGAGGAAGCCUCUUUCUGUACAGCUAUGACACCGGACUUUUCAUAGGUCUCUUUUUUAAAAUCCUUCUACCAAACAAGUUGGAAUCAGAGGGAUAGAGGCUGCACCAGCUUUGUCUUCAAGUAACUUCAUGCUCUCAUCGGCAUAAAAUUCAUUCCUUGCCAGUACCUACUGGGUUAGUGGCAAUUCGUUAAAUCUAUCACUAUAGUAAAAUGAAUAGACUUUUGCAACUGAUUUCCAUGGGAUCUGGUUUUGAAUCUUUGAUAUAAUCAAGAAAACUGAAUUUUUAAUCUCACACCUUGAUCUUCAGAAGUGCUACUGCAUUAAGAUUACUUGGCAGCCUCAUGUGGUUUGAAGACUCUACAGUAAUAAAGUCCUCAUAGAAACAUAAAGUUGGAAGAGACCAUAAGAGUCAUCUAGUCCAACUCUCUGCUAUGCAGGAAAAAUCAAUCAAAGCACCCCGACAGAUGGCCAUCCAGCCUGUUUAAAAACCUCCAAAGAAGGAGCUUCCACCAGACUCCCAAGACAGAGUGUUCCACUGUUGAACAGCUCUUAACAGGCAAGAAAUUUUUCCUAAUGUUCAGGUGGAAUCUUGUUUUCUGUCAUUUGAACUCAUUGCUCUCCCUCUACCUUAUGACAGCCUUUAAAAUAUUUGAACAUAGCUACAAUGUCUCCCCUCAGCCUUCUCUUCUGCAUGCUAAACAUUCCCAGCUCUUUACACCGCUCUUCAUAGGGUAUGGUUUCCAGACUUUUGAUCAUUUUAGUUGCCCUCCUUUGGACACAUUUCAGCUUGUCAAUAUCCCUCUUAAAUUGUGGUGCACAGAACCGGACACAGUAUUAUUCCAGGUGAGGUCUGACCAAAGCAGAAUAGAGGGGCACCAUUCCUUUCCUUGAUCUAGACACUAUACUCCCUUUGAUGCAGCCCUAAAUCCCAUUGGCCUUUUUAGUUACUACAUCACAUUGUAUUUAUUAUUUAUUUAUUACAGUAUUUGUACCCCGUCCUUCUCACCCAAUAGGGGACUCAAAGCGGCUUACAAUAAAAACACACAUAUAAAAAUAAUACAGUACAUUUCAAAUCAAUUCAAGUUAAAAUUACGUUAGACGUUCAUAAAAAAUACACAUAUAAAUAUACAAUUGGUGUGUUUUGAGUCUAAAAACUGGGUCUGUCAUUGAGUUCGUGUUCAACUUGUGGUCCAUGAAAACUCCAAAAUCUUUUUGACAUAGAGUCUUGUUGAGCCAGGUGUCACCCAUCCUGUAUCUGUGCAUUUCAUUUUUUUCUACCUAGGUAUAGCAUCCUACAUUUCUUCUUGUUGAAAUUCAUUUUGUUAAUUUUGGCCCCACUCUGUAAUUUGUGAACGUCAUUUAGAAUUCUGAUCUUGUCUUCCUCCCAUUUUGUAGUCAUGACAUAAUUCACUUUGUUUUCCCCAAGAAAAAUCUCUUGUUAAAUGAGCUUGACCUCAUUCUGCAACUUAACAAUGCAAUCCAAACAAGCAUUCCUGGCAUACAGCUGCAUAUUCUGGGGCACGUAUCAAUACAAAAGCGACAUGUAGCAUCAUGUGCAUUUGGCCAAAGCAAUCACUAAUAAAUGCUGGAGCAACUCAGAUAAAGCCUAUAGAAAUUACUUUGUCGAGUACAACAUUUCUAAUUCCCCAGCCAGUAUUUGGAAAUAGCCAUGUUGAUUGGGGGAUUUUGGAAAUUGUAGUACAAAAAGUAACUUUCCCAAACCUGCCCAGAUUACAUAGUAUCUGAGAAGGUCGGGGGGAUAUAUGGAUAUAUGUGUUAAAUUAACUAGGAACCAGCACUGAAUUUUGUCAAAUUUAUGUUGAUAUAAUGGUAGAAGUGAUAUCAGUAACAUACCAGUUUUUAAACAUAUUCUCUGUCAUCUGUAUCCUGUAAAACUACUAUCCAAGAAAAAUGUAGGUUCUCAACUGUUCUGACUAUACAAAUUGGCAAUGGCAUCUGCCACUGUCUGUUUGAGAAUGUGUAGAUUAAAUCACCCAGUGACAUGGCUAUCUGUUUAGUAACUACUGAAACUGUGUAGAAAUAAAGGAUAUUUAUUUUGAUACAUGACAAUGUGGGAUGAAAUUGGCAGUGGAUCAGAAUGUCUUCCUUUUGCAAUUACAGUUCCUCUGAAAGACUUGUUAUAAUGGAAAUAGACUCAUUCCCACGUUUAGAGUUUGGCAGAAACACCACUUUGUUAUUCUUGACUUUAAUUUGUACGUCUUAGAAAUUAAUUUAAUAAUAUUUGCUCUUUAUUUGUAUUUUGAGUUUCUGCUUUUCCUGAGAAUGUUCUCUUUCAUCCUUUCCAAAUAUGCUGUGACCUUAAACACAUGUCCCAGCAAAUAAGACCUAUUGAACUCAGUGGGACCUGUCUUCCAGAUAAACUCAUAAGAACGUGCUGCAGCAGUCCUAAGUUUUCUUAUAUUUCCUUGCAGUUCUGUUGCAUCCAAACACAUUCAAAUGCUUGGUAAGAGUUUGUUGUGUGCUAAUCAGAUAACUUCAAUCAGUAAUUAACUAGAUCCCAUUUAGUAUAGAGCAGUAUUCACACUGAAACAAUUUCUUGGACUCCCUCCGCAAAUGUUUUUUGUGCCCCCCCCAGAUCAAAACAAUUUUUUGCAACAUUUAACCCAUUCCCCCCACCCACCCAAAAAAAGCUACAAAAUGCCCCGGGGGCCUAGAAAGGCCCCAAAUCACAUUGAGCCUAGAAGGCAUUUGCUGGCAAAACCCCCUUGAGAUGUUUCCAUGGUUUAUCUGGCACCUCACUUUCAGUGGUUCUCAACCUGUGGGUCCCCAGAUGUUUUUGGCCUUCAACUCCCAGAAAUCCUAACAGCUGGUAAACUGGCUGGGAUUUCUGGGAGUUGUAGCCCAAAACACCUGAGAACCCAUAGUUCGAGAACCACUGUUUUAGAUGAAGAAAGAAACCUCCUUGUGAAUAAGGAGAGCAUGAAUCCCUGGUUAAUGUGUUUUUUGCUGCAGAAUGUGUGCAUUAAGGUAUUUCUCCCCCUCAUUUUCAGUUAAAGUUUUAAAUUAUAUUAUUUUAUGAUAUAAAGUUGUGGUUUCCUCAAGCUUCUCAGAUAUGUUUCUAAAUUUUAAACCUCAUAUUAUUUAGUAAUGCAAUUCUACUAUUGCAAAAACCCACACUAUCUCAUCCCCCCCCCCCAAAAAAAUGCUAAGAAAUACUACUGGCCAUAUAUAAAUCAACUGGUAAUCAGAAAAGGCUUGUUUAAAAAGUUGUUACCUAUCCAAGAAUAGACCUUGUGUUAUUAAAUUAAUUUAUUGAUUAAUAAGAGCUUAUUUAACAAGGCGUGAAAUAUCCCAGGAGGAGACCUUUAAUUAAGAAAUAAAUCAAGUAAAGCUUGUUAUAACAGGUUUUUAAAUUUCCCAGGAAUAGAGUUUUUAAAAGUUACUUUUUAGAUAACAACUUUGAGAAUCCCCCAACCUGCACAGCUUUGAAUUAUAGUCCAAAAAGUAAUUGUGUCCCAAAAUAGGAACAAAUCAGUCCGACUUGCACAUAUGUCAGCCUAUAUAAAAUUAAGCGCAUUUCACAUGGCCAGUUAUCUGGAAGUAAAGCAGAAGGUCAGUAAAAUAAAAUAAAGCAGCCAGAAAAACACAUCAGGCAGCGUCAAUUCUUUCCAAGCAUUUCAUCAAACUCAGCAGGAGGUAAGCUUUUAAAUAGCAUUCUGUCUUUAGCGCAUUCCUGCAAGCAAGGCUAAAAUUUGCCACCUGAAAAUGAAUGCUCUUUUCUCAAACUUGUAUUUAUCAGAUUUGCUUUUAUUGAACAUACUAUGUUGGUCUAUUUUUUAUGUGUAUGUACUAUAGGCUGUGGAAUCCGCUGCAUCCUUAUUUGGGAUUGUGUCCCCUUGAACUCAGUGAAGUUUGUUUUCAAGAAAAUGUGUAAAGGAUAGGCUGUAUCUGAAUGCUAAAGGCUUAAUGAGAAACUAGAAUGAGCCUCCUGAACAUGAACACUGUCAGUGGGAGGCUCCAUGAUCGCUUGUUGUAAGGGGUUAUUUUCCUUUAUCAAUCUUGCUGGCUUCAAGGUUGAAAAGCAACGUUUUAUUCUUAUGUGCUGAAUUCUUCUGAAAAAUAAACAUUUAAAUUAUGUUGCAGAUGCAA